AUGCCUCAAACUCCAUCAUCGUCAUCCAAGCUCCCCAAGAACUGGCCCAAGGAUAUAACGUAUCUCACAACUCUACAUAUUCCACCUCCCCUCUCCAACAUACUUCUUCAAACAUCGACCGCCUCACCUCCGUCCAAUGAUCUUCCAAUUAUCAAAUCGCCGCCAACCCCUAAUCCACUUAUACGUAUUCUUCCGAUCACCAUUCCCUCACACCCGGCGUAUGGCCAACACGGACUCGUCGCCACCCGCGCUCUGGCUCCAUUAUCCUUCAUAAUCCUCUACCUCGGCACCCUUCACCACUCCUCUGACACUUUACAUGCGCACUCGGACUACGACCUCAACCUGGACCACGAGCUAGGUCUCUCCAUCGACGCCGCUACUCGCGGCAACGAAGCUCGCUUCAUCAAUGACUACCGCGGAGUACGUCCCGAGGGGCCCAACGCCGAGUUUCGCGACUGCCUGGUCGAAGUGAGUCACGGACGUUACGAGAGGAGAAUCGGCGUGUUUGUGCCGAGUGCCGGUAAGGCCGGAAAAAGGAGUAAAGGCAUCGCGAAGGGAGAGGAGAUUGUGGUCAGUUAUGGGAAGGGGUUUUGGAAUGCAAGGAAGGAGGAAGAUCGGGGUGAGAAUGGUGAAUGA